AUGGAUACUCGCGGGGCCGCUGUGGUCCGCGUGAAGAGAAAGCGCAGCGCGGAGCCCGCUGAGGCGCUCGUCCUCGCUUGUAAACGCCUCCGCUCCAGCGCAGAUGAGUCGGGAACCCAGGAGACACCCCUAGAGGGUCUGGAGAGAGCAGCGGAAAACAAUGUCUUCCAGUUGGUGGCUACUGUGCGCUCCCAGGAGGAGCCCGUCCAGCCGCUUGUGCGGGCUGCUCUGCGCCCGUCCCUGGGCAGCCAGCAACGUAUCCGCCAUAAUCUCCGCGCGUCGGCUCGGGAGUUCCAGCAGGAGGGUCGCUACAGGGUGGUUUCCAGCCGCCGAUCCUCGGGGAUUCCUUCUGGCGGCUUGGAGUCCGAGGACGCACCGAGAAACCCAGAGGCUGCCGUGGAUGCAGGCUUCCAGUUAUUGGACCUGGUACACGAGGAAGGAGACCCAGAGCCCGCCGCCGCGGUCUCCUACAAAACAUGUGAUCCAGAUGUGAUCCUCUGCAAUUCUGUAGAGUUGAUCCGUGAGCGGUUAACUAUAUCUGAAGAAGGAGCAGUAGUCGGGCACCAGGAGGAACAGAAGGACGACUAUGUGUAUGACAUUUACUAUUUGGACAAGGCCACUCCAGGAUGGAUUGAGAAUAUCCUCUCCGUGCAGCCUUACAGCCAGGAGUGGGAGUUGGUGAAUGAUGACCAGCAACCAGAGGACAUUUAUGAAGAUGAAGAUGAUGAGAACAGUGAGAAUAACUGGCGGAAUGAGUAUCCAGAGGAGGAGAACAGUGACGAAGAUGAAGAUUCCAGAGGCUCUGAUGAAUACAGCAGCCUCAGUGAAGAAGAAAGAGACCACAGUAGACCACAGAUAUGGAGCAAAUACCCUCUGGAUGUGCAGAAGGAGUUUGGCUAUGACAGCCCCCAUGACCUGAAUUCAGACUGAUGAUCCUGUGAUAUCCAUGAGGUUUGCCAGCAUGAAAGGUCUGACAGCUUCACAAACUGUACCCACUGCAAAGGGGAUUAACUCACCAGGAGAACGAUUCAAGGAGACGAACAACAAAGACCUGGAGGAAACUAAUUCCACUACAAAGCUCGAGUGCUGGCUUCCCUCCCUUAGAAGGGUUCCCAGGAGAAGUCUGUAUGCAGCAUAGAGGGGAAGAAUGCAGUUACCGUCCAGUAAUGAGGAGGAGGACACGGCUCACUAAGCAAGUACUAGGGCACCUGGGGUGCGAGGUCCCUUGCUUCCCCCAAGAGUCACUGGGAGACAGCAAGUUCCUGAGAUUAGCGGUCAUUUACUUCAAGGUGGAAAGCCAGAGCCUGGGUCAGGGAUCCUCGAGGCAAGCACACUCUGCUUGAAGGAUUAGCUCCAGAGGAUUCCUGGGAUAGGUGCCAGCUUGGCUCAGACAGGAGUCAUGUUUACAUAGUCUGGGCAAAUCAGCCUUUCCAUAAGACUCCCUGUUGUCAGGCAAAUCCCCAACCCAUGACAGCAGGAAUGUAUCCCAUGUUCUCACAGAUGCAUUUCCUGAACCAAAGGCAACUGAGCAUGCUCCCCUAAACUGCAUUUAUUGAAUAAGUAUAACCAAGGUUACUCCCAUGUCUGCAGUUGGGUCCAGUUUGGUGAAGAAUGGUCAGAAAGGUAGAUUGCCUCAUAGUUCUUGUCUUUACCAUUGAUCAGUUUUAAAACCUAAGGACAGUAAGUCCACAGGGCAUGCCAAGCCAGCAAGUUCUUCUGGGUCCAGGAUGACCGUGUCUGGGAGCAUCACAGGACAGUUGUCCAAUCCAGUACAGCCAUGCCGCCCACGAAGGAACAUCCACUAGGCCAAACCUACUGCUCUGGCCCAACUUGGGUGCUCAAGCACAGCCUGAGCACCAGAAUUAGCUGCUUCUGAUCACAGUCUGCUGAAGAGCCUGAUGGAGGCUGGAGUAGCCUUAUUCCCAAAGUCUUCACUGAUCUCCACAGAGAGAAAACAGAAGUCCCCACAGGUACCAAGCUCUUCCUGAGACUGCAGCCCCACCACACCUCAGCCAAGGGGAGGCAGGCAGGAGAGAAGUACAUUGUCCCAGUGAUCCACACCAAGGUGGCUCAGAGUGUAAACAAAGCCUGGUGUCAGGGACAGAAGAGGAGGAGGAGGAUGCAGCCUGGUGUGAGGUUUUCAGAAAAAAGUGACCACUUCUAGCACCAAGGUGGGCUUGCGUGGGUCUGCACAGCAGCCCCUCACACUAGCCCUUACAGAAAGGAACAAGCUACUUGUUGGCUUGGGUCCAGGAGAAGUUCUCUAAGUCAUUGACAGCUGAAAGAAUUCAA